UGUUCCGUCUACUACUAGACGUUGAGUGACAUUUCGUAACGUAAAUAAAUUCAGAGUUGUUCUGUGCGUAAAUGAUAUCAUAAAAGCCAAAACGAUUAAUUAGUUUGUGUAAAUGUGAAAAAUGUAAUACACGUCUUGUGCAACUAAGUGCGUUAAACGAAUACAUUUAGAAAAAAAUGGAUGUUGAAUCUCAAGGUGGUCUAACGAAGACGACAAAAGAGGACAUUCCCCUUCUAACGAAGGCGCAGAAAGAAUCGCCAUUUAGCUGUUGGUGCAACAUAUUUAAAAGAUGUUGCGGCCCGAAGGAAUUAAAAUCCCGGAACAUCAACUUGGGAAAGUUGACGCCUGGUCAAUUCCCUGCGAAUGCGAUAAGAAACCAAAAAUACAACAUCAUCACGUUUCUACCCAUGGUGCUUUAUCAACAGUUUAAGUUCUUUUUGAACCUUUACUUUCUGAUUAUGGCAACGAGUCAAUUUGUUCCGGACAUACGAAUUGGUUACCUCUAUACCUAUUGGGGCCCAUUGUGUUUUGUACUAUUUAUUACGAUUUGCCGUGAAGCUAUUGAUGAUCUCCGGCGACAUAAACGAGACCAAGAAGUCAACAACCAAAAAUGCAAAAGAUUGCUAAAUGAUAGAAAUAGGCCAUAUGAAAUAGUGGCUGCCCACAAACUAAAGGUUGGUGAUUUAAUCAUAGUAGAUAAAGACGAAAGGGUACCCGCUGAUCUAGUGCUGCUUAGAACGUCUGAAAGUAGCGGCACAGUGUUUGUCCGGACUGAUCAGCUUGACGGUGAAACUGAUUGGAAACUGAGGCUGGCUGUGCCAGCGACGCAGAAAUUGGCAAAUGAUCAUCAGCUCUUUGAAAUAUCUGCCGAACUCUAUGCAGAGAAACCGCAGAAAGAUAUUCAUUCGUUCAUUGGCACUUUUAGCAGGAUGGACUCAGUGAACACUGAUGAAAGUUUGGAUUUAGAAAACACUUUAUGGACCAAUUGCGUUAUAGCGUCUGGCCAAGCUACCGGCGUAGUGAUUUAUACAGGCCCCGAAACCAGAUCCGUUAUGAACAAUUCCCAGCCAAGAUCAAAAGUUGGCCUUUUAGACAUCGAGGUCAAUACCAUUACCAAGCUUUUAUUUGUGGCUGUUAUUGGAUUGGCGUUUUUGAUGAUCGUACUGAAAGGAUUUAAUGGGCCUUGGUACAGAUAUCUGUUCCGAUUUGUACUGUUGUUUUCCUAUAUUAUUCCCAUAAGUUUGAGAGUGAAUCUUGAUAUGGGCAAAUCUUACUACUCGUGGUCGAUUGGCAAAGAUCCCCAUAUGAAAGGAACUGCAGUUCGUUGUACAACCAUCCCUGAAGAGUUGGGAAGAAUUUCUUAUUUGCUAUCGGAUAAAACUGGGACUUUAACACAAAAUUCGAUGGUUUUGAAGCGAUUGCAUCUUGGGUCUGGCUGCUAUGCUGGCGACAGUUUCGAUGAGGUUACUGCCGUUUUAAGAACAGCUUAUUUAAGCAGUGGGGAAAGUCCAAUGUUGAAUAACGGGGUUCCAACUCAGUUUAGACGAUCGGAAACCACUCGGGUAAAAGAUGCGGUUCAAGCAUUAGCUCUCUGUCAUAAUGUGACGCCUACAUACGAAAGUGACAAUCAUGAUUCAGGCUCAAUUGCCUCUGAAACUGAAGCCGACCAGCAUUUACAGGCCACUUCAAUGGAAGUGAUCUAUCAAGCAUCCAGUCCGGAUGAAGUAGCUUUAGUCCAUUGGACGCAAGAAGUUGGCCUUACUCUUUUCCGGAGAGACACGAAUUCCAUGCAGCUCAAAGCUCCAGAUGGUCGCUUAAUGAACUACGCCAUUCUGCAAAAUUUUCCUUUUACUAGUGAAACAAAGCGAAUGGGGAUAAUUGUGAAGGAUCUGACAACCGGCGAAAUUCUAUUUUAUCUGAAAGGCGCUGAUGUUGUUAUGGCUGCUAUUGUUCAGUACACCGAUUGGCUGGAUGAGGAAGUGGGAAACAUGGCAAGGGAUGGCUUACGCACUUUGGUGGUUGCUAAGAAAGUUCUUACUGAGGAGCAGUAUUUUGACUUUGAGAAACGUUAUAAUGCUGCACGACUCUCCACUGUCGAUAGAGUCACGAGGGUGUCUCAGGUGGUCGAAUCUCUAGAGAGAGAAAUGGAACUUUUGUGCAUUACUGGAGUCGAAGAUAAACUGCAGGAUAAUGUGAGAACAACGUUAGAAGUCCUGAGAAACGCCGGCAUUAAAAUCUGGAUGCUGACUGGUGAUAAAUUGGAGACUGCAACAUGCAUAGCCAAAAGUUCCCGAUUAGUUUCCCGAACACAAGGUUUGCAUGUGUUUAAGAAAGUUGUGACUCGCACUGACGCCCAUUUAGAACUGAACGCAUACAGGAAAAAGCAAGAUUGUGCCUUGGUGAUUAGCGGCGAAAGCUUAGAGGUUUGCCUGUCUUAUUACCAGCAGGAAUUCAUGGAAUUAGCGACAGCCGCACCGUCGGUUGUAUGCUGUCGAUGCUCUCCUACACAGAAAGCCCAAGUGGUUCAACUAAUACAGCAACAUACAGGAAAGCGUACAGCAGCUGUAGGUGAUGGCGGUAACGAUGUCAGUAUGAUUCAGCAAGCGGAUGCAGGCAUCGGAAUUGAAGGGCGUGAAGGGAAACAGGCAAGUUUGGCUGGGGAUUUCAGUAUUCCACAGUUUUCGCAUCUGGCGCGGCUUCUUCUCGUGCAUGGCCGAAAAUCUUAUAAAAGAUCGGCUUCUUUAUCGCAAUUCGUUAUUCAUAGAGGCUUAAUUAUAUCGACCAUGCAGGCGGUUUUCAGUAGUGUAUUCUACUUGAGUUCGGUCGCACUUUAUCAAGGCUUUUUAAUGGUAGGCUACGCCACAGUUUACACAAUGUUUCCAGUAUUCAGCUUAGUUUUAGACCAAGAUGUUAGCCCAGAAAUUGCACUUACAUAUCCCGAGCUUUAUAAAGACCUGGCAAAAGGAAGAAGUUUGUCUUAUAAAACAUUUUUCAUAUGGGUGCUGGUGUCAAUUUAUCAGGGAGGUGUAAUAAUGUAUGGAGCACUGUUACUCUUCGAAGACGAGUUUAUUCACAUCGUAGCCAUUAGUUUUACAUCACUAAUUUUAACGGAACUUAUCAUGGUAGCCCUCAACAUCAGGACCUGGCAUUGCCUGAUGAUUCUGGCAGAAUUUUUCUCUCUGGCUCUUUAUGGCUUGUCCCUGAUUAUUCUCCACGAUUAUUUUGAUGCUGAAUUCAUCAAAACGUUGGAUUUCUUAUGGAAAGUAACCGGAAUAACACUAAUAUCAUGCUUGCCACUUUACAUUCUAAAAUUCUUACGAAAGAAAUUCUCUCCCCCAAGUUACACUAAACUAUCAUAAUCUUUCAAAUGUGAUAAUUACGACUCAAAGUUUCAAAAUGACAAAUCGUCAGAUAUUUUUCGAUUAACGUUAAUUUAAAGGUAACGCUAAGGGUAACAUCAAUUAUCGGCAAUUCUCUACUAAACCAAAAAAAGUACAUUUAUGUUAUGGCAUUUGUAUCAUAGUAUGCUAGUUUAUUGAAUAUUAAUUUUUGUCUUUUCUCCGAUUACCUAACCGAACGACUCGCAAUAUAGCAAAUAGUCAAUGAUGUUAGGCUUUUUUUAUUUAUUCUGAAUAGAAGAUUCUAUAUCUAGAUAGAUGUUAGUAUAUUUUAUUGAUUACUACUAACAUAUGUUGUUAAUUAUACAUUUUAUUAAUUUAUUAGAACAAUAACGUAAA